GGGGAAGAUGGCGGAGCUGGGGAAGAAGUACUGCGUGUACUGCCUGGCCGAGGUGAGCUCUCUGCGCUUCCGCUGCACCGAGUGCGCCGAUAUCGAGCUGUGCCCGGACUGCUUCUCGGCCGGCGCCGAGAUCGGGCCGCACCGCCGAUGGCACGGCUACCAGCUGGUGGACGGCGGCCGCUUCACGCUGUGGGGCGCCGAGGCCGAGGGCGGCUGGAGCAGCCGGGAGGAGCAGCUGCUGCUCGACGCCAUCGAGCAGUUCGGCUUCGGCAACUGGGAGGAUAUGGCUGCUCAUGUUGGAGCAUCCCGAACUCCCCAGGAAGUGAUGGAACACUAUGUAAGCAUGUAUAUCCAUGGUAACCUUGGAAAAGCCUGCAUCCCUGACACCAUCCCCAACAGAGUGACUGAUCACACUUGCCCCAGCGGUGGCCCACUUUCUCCUAGCUUGACCACCCCUCUCCCACCUUUGGACAUAUCAGUGGCAGAGCAGCAGCAGCUGGGGUACAUGCCACUUCGGGAUGACUAUGAGAUUGAGUACGACCAAGAUGCUGAGACUCUGAUCAGUGGCCUUUCGGUGAACUAUGAUGAUGAUGAUGUGGAAAUAGAAUUAAAAAGAGCUCAUGUGGAUAUGUAUGUAAGAAAGCUUAAGGAGAGACAACGGCGAAAAAAUAUUGCACGAGAUUAUAACUUGGUUCCUGCCUUUCUGGGGAAGGAUAAAAAGGACAAGGAAAAGGCUCCAAAACGCAAGAUCACAAAAGAAGAAAAGGAGUUGAGGCUAAAACUGAGGCCCCUGUAUCAGUUCAUGUCCUGUAAGGAGUUUGAAGACUUCUUUGAGAACAUGCACAAGGAGAGGAUACUUCGAGCAAAGAUUCGCGAGCUGCAGCGCUACCGUCGAAAUGGGAUCACCAAGAUGGAGGAGUCAGCAGAGUAUGAGGCAGCUAGACACAAACGAGAGAAAAGGAAGGAGAAUAAAAACAUUGCCAGUUCCAAGAGAGGAAAGGAAGACGGCAAAGAUGGUGAAUUUGCUGCAAUUGAAAACCUGCCGGACUUUGAACUCUUGUCGGACAGAGAGAAGGUGCUCUGCAGCUCUUUGAAUCUGAGUCCAGCACGUUAUGUGACUGUGAAAACUAUAAUAAUUAAAGACCAUCUUCAAAAAAGACAAGGAAUUCCUUCAAAAAGUCGCCUUCCCAGUAACCUAGAUAAGGUACUAAAGAAAAGGAUUUUAAACUUUCUAACAGAAAGUGGUUGGAUAUCCAGGGACGCCUCAUAAAACCUGUCUGAACUGAACGCCCCCGUCCCCAUGAACAAAAGGCUCACUGCGGGCUACAGGACUCCAUUACUUUCUUUCGCUUUCCCCAGGAUUUGAUUUCUCCUGUAAAACCUGAGUAUUCACAGCUCUCGGUCUAGAGGGACUCUUUGCAAUGGAUCAUGGAAAAUACUAACCUGUAACUCCUUGUGUGAUCUUAAAGUCAGUACUUUAAGAAGAAAGAUUUGCCCUUUAAAUAUGGACAGUAGAUGAGUACAUCAGAUCUAACUGGUUUUGGUACACUGUUGAAAUGGAUCUUUUCUCAUGGGUUUAGACCAAGCCUGGUAUAGCUGUUUACUCCUUAUUGUUGGCCAAAAGGAUUGCUGGUGCAGCACCCACUCUUCUUGGGGCGGGAGGGGGGACAUCCCACCUAGUGGGAGUCUGUCUUCUUGUGUUGCACUCCCCUCAGAGUGCUGGCAGCAAAGUGACACUUGCAAAAAUCUUCUGCUCUGAAGCACAGAACAUUUAAAGCUUGGAGUUUUGUGAACGUUGCUUUGCUUCCAGCACCUUCUUCCUCAUUAACCAGGGCCUGUAUUGUAGCAAAGUGGUGUCAGGAUGUGAAGAAAAAGCAGGGAAGUUAGAUGACCCAAGAACGGGGAUUGGGUAAGUACAAAUGUGGUAGAUAAGUUGCCUCUGGUCACUUGUUUUGUUGAUGAACAGCCUUCAUGUUCCUCAGCAGACUAAUUCCAGGGUUUCUCUUGGCAUUGACUGUUGGCCACUGCAGUUGCAAAGUUGCAGGGUUACAAAGCAGCUACGCUAUCCACUGUUCUGCAAAUGGAAACCUCGGGAUUUGAACUACUUGAGUGGAUAUGGCUGUCCAGAAAGGCGGUAUUAGCAAGGAGAGUGGAGUGCACUGCUUCAGGACCUUGUCAACACCUGAUCUCAAUGAAGCUACUGUGAGCCUUGGGCAGGAGUUAAAUAGGUGCUUUGCUGUCCAGGCAACUCCAUGAGUGGAAAGAGUCCACUUUUACCUUUCUACCCUGCCUCCUCUUUGGAUCCUAACUGGUCCAGAGAGAUAUUUUCCAAACUGAAUCUUUGUCAUAUAAUUCUGUUGCAGACCAUUGUGAUCAUAAACUGUGGAAUUAUUUCAUAGUGUGUGGCUAAAGCUGUCUCAAAACAUGAAACUGUGACUGAGCUAUUAGAGGCUUUACAUUGCAAUUGCUUUCGAACAGACUUAGCUUAAAAUUCUCUGAAGAUCUUCACUGUAGUUGAUAGCAGAAUUCUGUAUCUGAGCCGCUUUAAUGCAAUGUCACUGAAUGUGACUUUACCAGCUUAAUAGCCUUGGGUUCUGUUGAUGGCUUUUUUUUUUUUAAAGGGCUUCAAAUUGAGCGAGGUGUUUGUAAGUAGCCCAGUUUUUUUCUCCCUAACUAGUAGAUUACGUGUACUCAAUCAACAAAAGGUUAUUCCCAUAGGUCAAGUUCCAAGAGAGAUCAGCAGCAGGAUUUGUACUCUUAAACUUGUAUGUUGGAGUUUGCUUGACUACACCAGCAACUUGAUGACAGUUGGAUUUCCCUGAACUUUGCAGGGAUAUCAUGUGCUGGUCAUCUCUUUUACAGCUCCUUGUGGCUUUAUUUCCUGGGUGGCCCUGAACAGUCGGCUGACUUGAUGCCUUUGGAAGGCAGGUGGUCUGAGAAGUGGCAUUUCAUUGCACACACAGGUUUUCUAAUCAGUCAAAAUAUCUUGUGGCAUUUCAUGCAGAGGUGUGUGAAGUAACCAUCAGACUUCAUAAUACAGCACAGGUGUAAUUCUGGGCAUUGUUAGUUGUCAGGGUACAGUAUUACCAAUACAGCAUUACCUGGGUUUGAAUAUGGAAAGGGUACAAGUAUAAAGUCAGCAUUUCAAGAAAAAUAAUGGUGCCUUUGUCUUCUCAGCUUGUGAUAGGACAUUCUUGCAGAACAGCAAGGGCCACAUCCUCAGCUGUGGAAGGUUGUGUUUGGCUUAACUGUAAAAUGGUCUGUAAAAUAUUUAGAACAAAAUCUUCUCUCUCACUCUUCCAGCAGCAGUUUGAUUGACUGCAGCUUGCUUAGCGGCUUUAAGAAAAGCCUUCAUCCCCUGGGCAAAGAAUACGUGAGAAGAUCAGUACCAGAAACCAUACCAAGUUCCUAUGUCCUAUUCCUAGGGAAAAGGGAGGACAUUUCAAGCACUCUCUAUCCUGAAACACAGCACUGGAGUUACAUGGUUAGUUCUUUCCCCCAGCCUGUUACCUGGGUGCCAAACCACCAAUCUUGCAUUAAGUAUUCAGAACCCUCAGUGUAAGUCCUUGAGUACUUCAUGUAAGUUUUUAAAUCUAUAUAAUUUUUAUACUUCCAAGGUGCUCUGGCACUAGUAGUGGGUUUAACUGAAGCAAUACUCUAAAGCCCAUCUGAUGGAUAACUUAAAGGAAUCAGACUUCUAGGCACUGCUGCGAGUCAUUUAAACAUUGUAUAAAUCGACUCUUCUGCAUUAACACUUUGUAGUUUCUUAAUUCCUCAGCCCUUCCAAAAGACGUUUUCUUUGGUGCUAGACAUAACUUAUUGAACAUCAGAAUGAAUGUAAAAUAAAGUAUUUUUAAUGUAUGAAAUGAUGGAUAUCAAUAUUUAUUUUAACCUUGCAAGCAAAUUUAAGGAGCAAGAGCAUUUGCUUCAGUGAAUCAUCUAAAAAGGGCUUCCUUAGAAGCAGUGUCUCAGUGUCAGCUCUCCUUUGACUUGCACUAAGAGGAAAUACAGUUCUGUGUGGUCUCAUGGAACUGGUCAGUUAUUCCAAGUGUUCUUUGUAUGACUGAGCUCCUCUCACUUUUUUAACAUUGAGGCACAGUUACCCUAAUCUCAGCAACUGAUUGAAACUAUGCUGCUUCUCCUGCUUGCAGGGGAAAUGAAAAUAAUGUGGCAAAAAGAGUUCCUACCCUGUAUUUAUCUGUACUACUUCUCAUGUGCUAUAUUAACAUCUUGAUGUACAUGUUGCUAACUUUAUGAUGAAGGCAACUGUUUUUACACACUUUAAAUGUACUUGAUUUGCCCACUGGAGAUCUCCUGAUUGAGUUCAAGUGAGUCAAGAAGGUGGUGCAGCCUGACCUGGUGUUGCAAGCAGAGGUGGUGAUGCCUACUUGAACCAUGCUCCUCUGAUCAAUCCAGUCCCAAUGAAGCCUUACAAAAAAUAGCAGCUUGUGCAAUAACAAGGGAGCAUUCCCCUUCCUUCUGCAAGUGUGUACUAAUUGAUUUUUUUUUUUUUUUUUUUUUUUUUUUUUAACCCUUCUUGCUGCUGGAAGGCUUGUAACUGUAGUGUGCUGGAAUAAAAAAAAAAACAACUUUUGCCACUUCUGUUAAUGUCCUAGCAAAGUGCUGGAACAGUCAUAGUGGGCCUGCAUGAGUCACUGCUCAUAAACUGCCUUGUGAAUCGAUACAAGCUAAGCACUCUGCCAUUAUCCUUUUGUGUGGCUGCUGCAGCAAAUUUCUUUGUACUUGUAACUGGCUUUACUUUACCUUUUGGUUUACUGAAGUUCUUACAAGAUGCUUUUUGCAUGUGCCCCAGCUGCUUUUAAGCUAUAACCGUUUUAAAAUACUGUGAAGGAAGAUGCCUGAUGAGCAUACUUAGUUCAUCAGAUUUCCCUUUAUUAAUAAAGGGAACAUCAGCCUCCUUUAAAUUAUAUACUGGUGCAGCUGCCCCACAUGCACCACUGCCUAUGCUGCAAUCAUGUAGAAACUAAUGAAUGGUCAUGGUGUGUGCACACAGCAUUUUAACAGACGUUUUCCCAUUGUAUACAGCUGAUCUUUUACAUUUAAUAAAGUUUCUUUCAAUUAUUGAUUUGAAUAGUGAUGUAGCCUGUGUUAAAGAGAGAUGCUUGGAUUCCUAGAAAUGCAAGUGCUGUGAAUUCUUUCUCUGGGGGAGGAAGGGCACAAGCCACUUGGGUGAUAUAAUAAAAACAGUCAAGUUCCAGAAAUUGUUCUGUAUCAGAUCUGGUUGCCUGUUUCUCUGAGGGAGAAGAAAGCAAGUGUAAAUUCUGUUCCCAAGGGGAAUAUCAAUAUGGAACUUGAAGCUUUGUUUUGCCAUGUGAGUUCUGUGUUGGUAUCUUUAAUAAAAGUAUCAGAACUAGCUUUAACUACUGUCAAAUAAGACUUCAGAACUGCUCCUUGUGGAAGUGUGCCAGAUGUUAGCAAGUUCACCCUGCCUUUCUUUCCUGGGUGGGUCUCUUUCCCCCAGUAGCCCCCACCUGUCUUAGUUUUGUACUCCCAGACAGAUGCCUCAAUAAAACAACAGCUACUUUAGGGAUGUACACAACUUUGUUACAAAGAGUAGUAGCUUCAAAAAACGCAAACCAUAACCUUUUCUCAACUAGGAACAACUUUGAGCUCUCCUUUUUUGCUAGUGUAAUAAUUAAUGCUCUCCAUCUCUUUGAGUUGAACGUACACUUCAGCUACUGGCUCUCUUUAUAGUACAGGAUAAGUCAAUAUACUUAAAAAUGAAAUAACAUUGCCUUAGCUAUUCUUCAAGUAGAGUAAGUUGGAAAGAGACAUACAACAUGAGUCUCCUGAGUAAGAAGGUGCCAAUCUUCUCUUCUGUUACGUGUAGCAUCUUAUUUUAGUGAUAACUCUUCUGUUUGUCCUAAAGAGUCUAUCCAAAUCACAGGAGUUGCCAUGAUUUUCUCUAGCUUCAUAUUUACACCUUUCCAUUUGUAUAAAGCAAACAUGAUUGUUCUUGCAUCUACCUGAACCCAGUGGUGCCCAGUAAAACUUACCAGAGAGAAGUGAGUAUCUAGGCUUGGCAGAAGCCCUGGCAAUCCUAUUUUGUGUUAUUUCUUAGUACACAUGGGUGAAACAUGCAUCUACCACCAUGUUCUUCCCAUCCCAAUUCAGGCCUCCUUAUAAAAUUCUCAAAGCCAAAUGUGUACUUUCUUGGGAACUUGAUACAGAGCUGUGAAAGUCAUCUUAAUAUUUUUACUGUUAAAAUUCUGACAUGCUGUUAUAAAAUAUGUCCUUCAUUUUGUUUUUACCAAUGCUAUAUUCUCUAGAGUGGUAAAUGUCUUCAGCCAGGAAAGACACCAGAACAAGUAUACAACCCCCUAAUGAUGAUUUAUUUACUGAACAGCUAGAAGUGACAGCAUCUGUUGGCUAACAGCAGUAACAAAAAGAAAGCAAGCUUUCUACCUUUCCUCUUCCAAAAAUAAAGUCGUCUCGGUUUUAUUUUUUAAAUUGGAUAGUUGAAAACCAAACAAGCAACAAUAAGGCAAGUGGGGAACAUCUUUGCUAUUGCAAUUCAACUAGAUAAGGGCCUGAAGUAACAUGCAGUAGUGCCCAUCAUGAGCUGAACCACCCAGUUUUAAUUAUCCUCUGCCACUAGCGCUUGAGGUAGGUAUUUGCUCAACACUCUUUUGGUAAUCCAGUAAUAAGCUACUAAAUAAAAAUUAAAGGCAACAUCUUCAUACCUCAAUCCAAGACCAAAUAUUGGAAAUGGAGAAAAGACUAAGAGCAUUCAACUUUGUCCUAACUACUCCUGUUAGUGUCUAAAGGUUUUACCAGAGAUGGAAACUGAAGAGGUUUUGGGCUUGAGGGGAGAUCUGUUCUAUAGCAGUGGGGACCAGCCUUUUUGGCAAGUGCACCACCAAUUAGUCCCAUGCCCUCCUCAGAUGACACUCCAGUCCCUUCCCUGAUCUGAUGCUUUGCCUUCAGCUUCCUAUCCUGUGCUCUCUGUAUCUGCCACUAUACUGCCUGCCUUACAGAUGAUGCCCAUCCUACAGGUUGGCUGCCCCAUUCUACAGCAUAAUGGCUGCAUUCUUAUCAGCUGUUCAACAAGCUAACAUUUUACAGGUGCACAAAUA